AUGGAGAGUGAGAAAGUAAGCCAUGUCCAACCAAAUAAUUCAGAAGACAACAACACAAGGUCAUUUCCAUGCUUAUAUUGUUCAAGAAAGUUUCAUAGUUCACAAGCUUUAGGAGGCCAUCAAAAUGCUCACAAGAAAGAAAGGACAGCAGCAAGAAAAAACAAGAGAAUUAUGUCAUCUCAUCAUGAUCAUUAUGCUGCUAACUUUUCUUCAGUACUUCCACAAGGACCACUUGUUUUUGCACCUAACCAUCCAAUUGGCCUUAUAAAUCAUCCUUCUCUUUACAUAACUGCUCAUGCAGCCAACUUUUGUCAAUUUCCAGCUGGGCAGCAGCAGCAAUUUUCUACUAGUAGAUUUGGAUCAAAUGGUGCACCAAGAUUUGAGAAUAAUGCAAUGGUGUAUCGAAAUGGGAAUUAUUUGAGUAAUAGUAAUCCGUAUGUUCAUGAAGGGGAUGAACAAGGUUUCCCAAAAUGGCAAAAGAGUAGUAUUAUUAGUCAAAGAUGCAACAAUAAUGAUUUCUUUCAAGAAUGUGAAGAUGAUCUGAACGUACCAACUUUUGUUAAGGACCAUGAAAGGGAUAGAGAUCAGAAGCUUGAUUUGUCACUCCAUUUAUAG